GUCUCCUUUUCACAUAUGGUGUGACGGGAAGUGGGAAGACUCACACCAUGACUGGUUCCCCAGGGGAAGGAGGGCUGCUUCCUCGUUGUCUGGACAUGAUCUUUAACAGUGUAGGGUCCUUUCAGGCUAAAAGAUAUGUUUUAAAUCUAAUGAUAGGAAUAGCAUGGAUAUACAGUGUGAAGUUGAUGCCUUAUUAGAACGGCAGAAAAGAGAGGCCAUACCCAACCCAAAGACCCCUUCUAGCAAGCGACAAAUAGAUCCAGAGUUCGCAGAUAUGAUAAAUGUUCAAGAAUUUUGCAAAGCAGAAGAAGUUGAUGAGGAUAGUGUCUAUGGCGUGUUUGUCUCUUAUAUUGAAAUAUAUAAUAAUUACAUAUAUGAUCUACUGGAAGAGGUGCCGUUUGAUCCCAUAAAACCUAAGUGGAACAGUUGCAGCACACCCGUGAGGAACACAGACUUUGUACCUCUACAAUCUAAAUUGCUUCGUGAAGACAAGAAUCAUAAUAUGUAUGUUGCAGGAUGUACAGAAGUAGAAGUAAAAUCUACUGAAGAGGCUUUUGAAGUUUUCUGGAAAGGCCAGAAAAAGAGACGUAUUGCUAACACACAUUUGAAUCGUGAGUCCAGCCGUUCCCAUAGUGUAUUCAAUAUUAAAUUAGUUCAAGCUCCACUGGAUGCAGAUGGAGACAAUGUCUUACAGGAAAAAGAACAAAUCGCUAUAAGCCAGUUGUCCUUGGUGGAUCUUGCUGGAAGUGAAAGAACUAACCGGACAAAAGCAGAAGGGAACCGAUUACGUGAAGCUGGUAACAUUAACCAAUCACUAAUGACGCUAAGAACAUGUAUGGAAGUCCUGAGAGAGAACCAAAUGUAUGGCACUAACAAGAUGGUUCCAUAUCGAGAUUCAAAGUUAACCCAUCUGUUCAAGAACUACUUUGAUGGGGAAGGAAAAGUACGCAUGAUCGUGUGUGUGAAUCCAAAGGCUGAAGAUUAUGAAGAAAGCUUGCAAGUCAUGAGAUUUGCAGAAGUGACCCAGGAAGUUGAAGUAGCAAGACCAGUAGACAAGGCAAUAUGUGGUUUAACACCUGGACGGCGAUAUAGGAACCAUGUUCGGGCAGGUCCAGUUGGAGAUGAACUGUUGGUUACAGAAGUGGUCUUACAGAGUUUUCCACCCUUGCCGUCCUGCGAGAUUUUGGAUAUCAAUGAUGAGCAGACUCUCCCCAGGCUUAUUGAAGCAUUAGAGAAGCGCCAUCAGCUACGACAAAUGAUGAUGGAUGAGUUUACCAAACAAUCUUUUACUUUUAAAGGUAUGUUGCAAGAAUUUGACAAGGGUGUUUCAAAUAAAGAAAACUCCAUUCAAGGAAAACUGAAUGAAAAAGAAAAGGUGAUCUCAGGACAAAAAUUGGAAAUAGAACGACUGGAGAAAAAAACCAAAACUUUAGAAUAUAAGGUUGGUUUUGACAAUAUUAGAGUGGCUAUUUACUACUGUUCUCUGACUUACUCCUUAUGCUCUCCAGGUCUAAAAAUACUGCUGACUAAGAGUUAUCACUUAGUUAUUUGCUAAUCUUCAACCUACCACCCCCAAAAAAGAGGAAAUGUGAGUGAAAAGCAUAAAAGGGAUGUUACACUCUUUAUGAGUUAGAUGUUAACAGUUGAAGAUGUUCUCUGGCCCAAUCAAAUAAGCUUUAUAAAGGGCUUUCUAGAGUUUAGCUUUGAUUAUAGCUUGGUUUUCUAACUUAUUACUGGACAAUAUAUGUUUGUUCACUCAUUUAUAGAGAAUCAUUUGGGGGAACACUCAUUUUAGAGAGAAAUUAAUCUCAACCAAAAUAACCUUAAAAAUAAAAUUUUAGGUUCUGGCUGAGUGGUUCAGUUGGUUGGAGUGUAG